CAAAGACAAUUUACAUUUCGUUCUCCAGAUAUUCCUUCUUCCUCAAAUAGAAUGACCCCCCCAAGUACAAGAAGUCCUUAUAUAGACGGUUGUUCUCCAAUUAAAAAUUGUUCUCCUAUGAGGCUUGGAGCAUGUAGAGGAACUGCCCAGUAUCAGACUUCUGUCAUUAGAAUACCAAUUGCAGUUGAAAAUCAUGGUGAGGAUGAGGAAGACAAGGAAAAUGCUUCUCCAGCAGAAGCUCGGUUCCCAGAAAUGGAUAAUGGAAUAAACGUGCGUCAGCAAGACAGUGAUGCUUUUGCACGUGGUACGCAUCUUGUCGUAGCAACUGUGUCUAUUGCACCAGAUCACUCGGAAGCUUGUCAUCAAAGGUUGUCGUCAUUUCACGAUAUAGAAGGCUCAAAGGAAAAUAAUACCGUAGAUAUGGCUGAUGCAGCUGAAGUGUCAGAGGAAACCACUUGGAUAAAGGAAACAAUUGGAAAUAGCAACGCACCGAUGACCAGCUUUAUGACGGGGAUUACUUUCAGUAUUGAAAACUCUCGCAUGUGCAUGUCACCUCUUGCAGAAAGCAGUGCGAUUCCUUGUGACAACAGUAGUAUUCAGGUGGACAGUGGUUAUAAUACACAGACUUGUGGAAGCAGCAUUAUGGAUACUGCGGGGGCUGAAAACAGUUGCAGAGAAAAUGAUGUGAAUACUAAUGUGUUUCAGAAUAAAUCUCAGCUUCUUAGAACAAAGGAGUGUUCUGCUUUAAACCAUAAGGACAAUCAGUUGCUGAGAGCAAAAUCUCCAGAGAAGCAAUCCUGUUUCCAAAAAGCAAAUACACAUAGUACAGUAUUUGGUCAGAAUACAACUUGCAACAUUUCUGCCUGGAAACAUAAAAAUGAAAAUCAAGUUCAGGGAUUUCACAAAAAUGGUAUGUAGUUUUCUGAUGGAGAACUUAAAUUGUGUUGUCUAAUAAAUUUUUAUAUAUAUG